AUGGAAGUCACCAAGAAAGUGGGGGGCCCUGAUCUAUCGGGCUCCGAGGGCCACCCCUCAGCUGGCAGCCAGCAGCUGGGCGGUGGCCCUUGAGGGUCCCAGGGACCAUGGAUAAACUCAGGAUCUGUAUACUCGAGGCUGGGGUUGUCACUGUCGACCGAGGCCACCCUUGAUGGGGCCUAUGGCUCAGCCUCCCAGGCCCAUACCCACGAGCCCAGUCACCAGCAACUCUGGGACCCUGCUGAGGUUAGCUCCCAACGUGGCUGUGAGCGGGCCUCCCAGGAUUCCCUGAGACUCUCCUCCACUAGCUCGUUUCCAGGCUCUAUCGUGGGAGCCCAAACACAUCUUGUCACAGAGAACAGGACCCUGGCCCUACUGGUGUGCAGGCGCAGUGACGGCACCAGUGACAUGGCCCAGCAUGGACUCUGCUGUUUCCGGCUUCAGGUGCAGAUGGCGGGGGAGGGCAAGGCUCCAGCUAAAGUCCUAGUAGGCUGGGGCAAAGGCCCCUGCACCCAACAGAUAGCCCCAUUGGGCAUUAGGAAGAGCCGGUGGCUACCGUAUUUUCUUUCAGGGGAGGGUGGCUCAGCUGCAGCCCAAGGUCCUCUUCUGGUUCCGGCCCAAGAUCAGGGCCAGGGCCAGUGUCCAUGUCCGGCUCAGGUGCCUCCAACUCCAACUCCAACUCGGGCAAAUACUCCAGCUCUGGAUACAAUCUCAAUGUCAGCAGCAGUUGAAUCUUACACCUGCAACCUUGACCACCUGAUGGAUACCAAUGCCAUCACCAAGGGCCUGUCCCAAGACCUCUUGCCCAGGAAAUGUGGCAACCAAUGGUCAAUCCAGUUGGAGUCUCCCAAAGGGGUCACAUCCUGCCAGGACAAAGUGAAUUUCCAUUCUCAGGAUGAGCCUGCCACCCCAGCGCGCACUCCAAAAGACUCCCCAGACCAGGCCCAGGAGCUUGAGGUUGCCCAAAGGCCGGUGUUACCAAGGCAGCCUGAGAACCAAGUGGAGAAGCCCAUGGUCUGUACCUCCAGGCCAGGCAGCCCCAAACUGGGCUCAGGGCCCCCAGAAACCCCCAAGUCCAAGAGGGGUAACCAGGAGAUCUGCAGCUCUCAGCCAGGUCAGCAGCCCCUCAAUGCUUGCAGCAACACCUGCUCCAACGUGCCGCCAUCUGCCUACCAAGUAACCUGCCACAACUCCCCCCCAGUACAUCCUCCCAGGGAAGCCACGCAGAUACCCCCCUCCAGUGCCCCUACCUGCCAGCUCCGGGAUGCUGUGGAAGACCGUGUGCUGGUAUUUGAUAUGGCCACGGGCAACACCAGGAUGGGGCUGCUGUGCCAUGACCCCAUGGGCUCAAGGGCAGUGCUGGUGGGCCUCAUGCCCAGCCACCCAUCCAUCUAUGCCUCUGAAAAUACGCCAUCCACCCGGCCGUUGGCCAUGCCCAUCCUCUCCCUUGACAGUGAUGGCUCCAGCUUCUGGUCCACCACACCCAUGGUGUCCAGCCCCGUGUCCUCCAGCCUUUCAUCUGGAAGCUACCGAGAGGUGGCCCUGGUUCCCAAAGAGGCCAGGCUCAACCUGGAGUCACGAGGCUCCCCUGGUACUGAGACACCCAUCAGGAUGGGGAUGCUCACUGGGCGUGUUCCACUGGGAAUGUCCCUCCAAUUUGGAGAGAGGAUACUGAGCCAUGCCCAUGAUCCUGGCUGGUCCAAACCUGACGCUGAAAAAACUGAAACUAGUCACACCAUUUGGAUGCAGGAUGCCUCCGGGAUGCAGGACACCUCGAUGGUCCAGGCCAAGAAACUGCAGUGGACGAACUCAGAGCAGACCGCAGAGCCUGUACCACCAGCCAAAACCCAGCAGGUGCCCAGACCCCUGCUCCAGGAGGAUGUAGGCAACCACAAUCAGAAAGAGGUCGUUACUGCUCACCCUGACAACCCUCAGGUCAAAGGUGCUGGGCACGCCUCCCUCGGUGGUCAGCCCCCACUAGCUGAGCAGCAUCCUCUUUCCAGACAGCCCCCUUUGGCCAGUCAGCCUCCCUCUGCAGAGCAGCGUCCCCUUCCCAGGCAGACCCACCUUUCUGGACAGCCACCCCUAGCUGAGCAGGCCCCCUCCACCAAGCAGCACCCCCUUCCUGGUCGGGCCCCUCUCACUGAAGCCCCUAUUGCCAGGCAGCUUUCUCUCACUAGACAGCCUCCUUUUUCCCAAGAACCUCCCAUCUCCAAUGAGCCCACUCUCUCAAGAGGUCCUCCCACCACUAGGGAGCAUGGUCAGGCCUCCACUCUGUGCCAGGAAGGUGAGCCAUUGGGCCCGCCUACCCAUGUGGGGGUACUUCGGGUGACCCCGGCCCCUGAGGAGACCUGUGUCUAUGUAAACAGAGAAAAUGUUGGUGUCAGUGCUGGUCAAAGCUCCAGCUCACAUCGGCUCUCAUCAUGGCAAGCUGGCGGCUGCCCCAGGGAGUGGGAGGAGCAGCCUUCCCUGCUCACAUUCACCACACCUGGUCCUAGCUGCAAGGUCUUGCCCACGGCCAUGGUAGGCACUGAGCCCCACGGUCCCUGGUUCAAGCUGACAGCUGAGGACGUUACACACUCGCCAGUGGUCGAACAGCUUGGCCUUCUCCGAGGGGCCUGCUAUGAGCUGGCGCCCACCAUGGACGUUCUGCCAGUACGGUCCCCAGUGCUCUGCCACCAUUCACGGGGCCCCUACCAGGACAUGGCAGCCAUGGUGACUGACACAGGCACAGGCUUCACCAAAUGUGGACUGGCUGGAGAGGACCAUGUCCUCAGUGUGCUGCCCUCACGUGUCCAGCUGCUCCAGCAUCCAGUCCAGGGCCAGCCCAGGUACGCAGUGCCUGAGAAACAAGAGGAUUCCUACUCGGUGCUGAAUCGAGGAGUGGUCUCCAACUGGGAUGCACAGGUGCUGUGGCAGCACCUGUUCUAUUGCAGGCUGGGUGUGCAGCCCGAGGAGCUGGCUGUGCUUGUGGCGGACUCACCCACCUCACCACGCACCAACCGAGAAAAGGUGGCUGAAAUACUCUUUGAGCGUUUCCAUGUGCCAGCCAUGCAGAUGGUGCAUCAGGCCCUGCUGGCACUCUAUGCUUAUGGGUGGACCACUGGGCUGGUGAUGGGCAGUGGCCAUGGCACCUCCUAUGUGGCACCCAUCAUCACUGGGGAUCUGGCCCCACUUGACACCUACCAGCUGGAUGUGGCGGGUGCUGACCUCACUGAAUACCUGGCUCAGCUGUUGCUGGCAGGUGGCCAGUCACUGUUCAAGGUAUGGCUGGUCAACCAGAUUAAAGAGGCCUGCUGCUAUGUGACCAUGGACAUGACAGCUGAGAUGGCCCGUGCCCAGGCCCUGGCCCCGGUGGACUUUUUGCUUCCAGACAAGCAGGUUAUCACACUGGGCUCUGAGCACUUCUGCUGCCCCGAGGCCCUCUUCCAGCCCAAUCUGCUAGGCCUCAAUCAGCCAGGCCUUCCACAACUAGCCCUCCUAAGUAUCAGUUGGCUGGAGGCCAAGCAACAGGAGCAGCUGCUGGCCAAUGUGGUGCUGGACGGUGGCGGCACCCUGUUGAGUGGCUUUCCUGAGCGCCUGAGACAGGAGCUGGGCCCUGGUGCCACUGUGCUGGGCUCUCCGCACCGUGCUGUUGCUGCUUGGCUUGGAGGCUCCAUCAUGGCGUCCUGGGACUCCUUCCAGAGCCUGUGGCUCAGCCGCCGUGAGUACGAGGAGGAGGGCCCAUGGGCCAUAUAUAAGUACCAUCUAUGA